GCGUCACCGUUUUUGGCUGGACUUGCAGUAGCUGCGACUGCACUUGCUGGUAGAUAUGGAAUCCAAGCAUGGCAAGCAUUCAAGGCAAGACCACCAAGGCCCAAAAUCAAGAAAUUCUAUGACGGCGGUUUUCAGCCUACGAUGACGAAAAGGGAAGCUGCUCUUAUUCUUGGCAUCAGGGAGAAUGUUCCGGCGGAGAAAGUGAAGGAAGCACACAGGAAAGUGAUGGUUGCAAACCAUCCAGAUGCAGGUGGUAGCCAUUUCUUGGCUUCUAAGAUCAAUGAAGCUAAAGACGUGAUGCUCGGCAAAACUAAAGGCAGUGGUUCCGCUUUUUGA